AAUACCCCGAGACAGAGAGGGCCAGAGGCAGGGAGGCUGCCGCUCUUGGGAGCAGAUAAAUAAUUCCGGAAGUUUCAGAUACGCACCCAAGACGGAAGACAAACUUCAAAAGGAGAUCAGCAUCAUCAACACUAUUUUAAUAUGAAACUGCCUGGACGGUAUAGUGUGAAGGUGGCGUGGCUGUUGGUGCUGGGGUCGGCGGGGUUGUACAUCCUCUACGUCUCCUCCUUCACCUCUGCCACCUACCUGCUUCCCGUUCGCCUCUCUUACUCGGAGCCGCCUGGUGACCAAGACGGAGGCCAGGGCGAGGCAGAGACCACGACCCGUAUUGAGGAUCAGGUCAGCAGUGCUUCAGGGGCCAGUGUGGACCAGAACGUCAUCAGCCGUCAAGCCUCGACACAUCUCACUAGUACACGUCUUAUUGACCAGGAACGUUCGACAUUCAUCCCAAUGGAGCCUGACACGUCACCGGUGAGACAGCCUGCAAAUAUUCCCACACGGUUCCUGAUUGAGGAGGCAGACUACUGCGAGAAGCGGCCCGGCCUACAAGUCAUCGCCUAUGUGCACUCCGCCAUUACUCGUGUUGGACACAGGAGGGAUGUCCGCGCCACCUGGGCCAACGCCUCCAACUAUGACCUGGGCGACAUCAGCGUCAAGGUCGGUGCUGUCUUCAUGGUGGGACGAGCCAAAAAUGAAAUAGAGCGACAGAUUGUUCAGGAAGAAAGCCAACGCUACCACGAUAUUGUCCAGGGUGACUACGGCGACCACUACCGCUUAUUGAGCUACAAGGGUCUGGCCAGCCUGUACUGGAUCAACAAACACUGUUCUCACGUUCCCUGGACCCUACACUCUGACGACGACACGCACAUCGACAUCUUCCUCUUCUACAGGGCCCUCCAGGAACUCGACGACGUCAAUAGGAAACAUUUUAUAUGUAGUCAUAUGUACGGACCGGCGCUGAGAAAAGGGCGGUGGAGGGUGAGGUACGAAGAGUACCCAGCCCAGAACUACCCACUUUACUGCUCCGGUGGUGCGUGGUUCUUGCAGACCAGCUUCAUCCCACGACUCCUGGAGGCCUCCAAGGUCGUUCCUUUCCUAUGGGUGGACGACACCUAUAUUACCGGCCUACUAGCUAAAGGGGCCGGCAUCAAGCAGCUGGGUUUCCAGGAUUUUUACGGCUCUGGAGAAGCAGAUCGGAAAGUGCUUGGGCAUCAGGUGGUUUGGUUUAUUAAAUAUGGCUCUCGUUUGGGCUGGUGGCAAGAUAUCGUCAAUUAUCAUCGAAACCAUUCCAUGCAUAAUCCAGUCACUUUAAUUCCUAAGGGAAAAGUUUUACGUUCAACGUGAGGUGAAAAAGAUUUAAACGCCUGAUCCGAUGCCUCUGAAAUACUCAAAACCUCAACACGUGCAAAAUAAAGACAGAAUGAUAAUAGGAAUUCAUAUCCGCUUGCGUACACUCCUCAACUAUAGUACCAGUGACACCAGUGACAUGAGUGACACCAGUGGCGCCAGUGACCUCAGUAACAUGAGUGCCACAAGUGAAAUCAAUGGCACCAAUGACACCAGUAACAUGAGUGUCACAAGUGGCACCAGUGACACCAUGGAUAACUGCCAUAACAUAAUAUCCUUCAUGGGGUAGUCCUUGACAGACAACAUACUGUAAGACGGUCAAAAUUGGACGAUUCAUAGCCUAUCGGGUCCUGUGUGAGAGCUUUAUAGUAUUUAAUAAUACCAAAUAAAUAAUUGUAAUAUGA